CCUCCUCCUCGACCAUCACGACAAUACUAACCCGACCACCCACCGUCCAUCAGCAACCCAACAUCGAUCAAGAUGGCCAAGGAAGCGCCCGCCCGCACCGGUCUCUCCGUCGGUCUUAACCACGGCCACAAGACCACCCCUCGCGUCGUCAAGCCCCGCGUCUCCCGCACCAAGGGUCACCUGAGCAAGCGCACCUCUUUCGUCCGUGACGUUGUCAAGGAAGUUGCUGGCCUCGCCCCCUACGAGCGCCGUGUCAUUGAGUUGCUCCGCAACUCCAAGGACAAGCGUGCCCGUAAGCUCGCCAAGAAGAGGCUCGGCACCUUUGGCCGCGCCAAGAGAAAGGUCGAGGAGAUGACCCGCGUCAUCGCCGAGUCCCGCCGUGUCGGUCACUAAAUUAAACAGUCGACAUAUGGGUGUACUGGCAAAUAUUGGGUUGGGCAUAUGGGUUCAAAGGCGUGGUCACAAAAGUUGUCUUUUUACGGACUCCCCCUGACGGUUUCUGAUACGCUGCAUCACGGAAUAGUUGCAGCUCACGACGACAAAUACCAAAAUUUCAAGCACACCCAUUGUUGCCU